AUGGCUAAUUACAGAGAAUAGCCACUCUCGAAAAGUGAUUAUCAUAAUAGAGCUAAUGCUAAUAAUUAUCAAAAAACUAAUAAACCUGUCUAUAAUGACGAACCUAGGGAUCUUGAAAAUUACGUGCAAAUUCCAAAAAGAAAAUAGGCUUAUUUGGAAAACGAAGUUCAAGAUACUAAUAAUCGAUAUUGUUAUAAAGGAAAUAGUAAAAAUGAGGAUCCAUUUUCUAACAAUCCUUAUUAUAAUAGAGCUGCUUUAGAUUAGGUUUGCAGUCGAUCUAUAAUAACAUAUUUAGAUUAACCAAAUAAACUUCAGGAUAAUUGUUAAAAUAAUGAAUAAUAAAGAGAUAACCAAAAUUAAAAUUAGUAAAAGUAAAACGAACCAAUUUCUUAGUAUUACAACAACGAAUAAAGAGAUAGGUAUCAAGAAGUCAAAAAUUAUUAUUAUAACUAAAAUCACUAAUUUAAGUCGAUUUUAUCACCAAAACUAUAUUCCAGGGAUUAAUUCGAUCAAUAAGAAUAGUAGCAAUUAGGUUAAAAUAAAUAGUCAUAAAAUUAAAUACAAAAAUACUAGAAAGCAAAUUAAAGUCUUUAUGAAAACCCUUCAUUUGGAUUAAUUUAAGAAUAGCAAUAGAUAUAUUAGCAAUCAUAAAAUUAACCAAAAUAGCAGCAAUUCCCCUAUUCUUAACAUUUUACACAAGAGCCAGUCAGCCAAAACCCUCAAAAAUACGUCUCAAAUUCAACUAGACAAUAAUAUAAUGAUCCAAAUGAGAGUCAUUCUUAAAGAGAAUUUUAAUAAUCCAAAUAAUGUGCUUCCUAUUAAAGUUAAUCUACUUAGCGAUUACAUCAAGAUUAUCCAGUUCAAAAGUAAUAGCAAUACCAAUAAAGAUUGCAAUAUCUGGACGAAUUGAAGAGCAGACUCCCUAAUGAUGAUAUUUUCUAAUAAUAAGUCGAUAUAAGAAUACCGCAAACAGAACAAUAUUAUAGAUAAAAUCAAAAUGAGAGAUCAUCCAAAAUCAAUCCAAUUGCAGCUGUGAGCAGAAUGCAAAGACCAAAUGAAAUUAAUUAGGAUAAGUAUUAGUAUGGUUAGGACCAAAAUUACAAUCUUUAAAACAAUAGAAAUUAUUAGCAUUAAAAAGGAUAGGAUUAUUAUGAUACAUAAUCUUAUCAUAAAAAUAAUUAGAAGGAUUUUCGUGAGAAUAGCCAUAAUCAAUUGUAAUAGAGAAAGAACUAAUAGUAACAAAAGACCAGAACACCAAAUCGUUAUAGAGAGGACAGUUACGAAAGAGAGAAAUAAUGGUUUAUGUAACAAACUUCAAAUCUUCAUUAAAAUUCUUAAGCCAUCAAUAAAAGAAGAUGA